CGCCUCCGGAAGGCUAGGCUUGUCGGGUCUCCCCCAGCCCCCAGGCCAAGCGCGAAGUUGCAUGGGAAAGAACCAGAGGAGGCCGGUAGAGGGUGGGGUCCGGACCGUCAUCCCAGCAACAGCCUCAGUCAUGUGACCGGCGAUGGCGGCGCUGACGGGAGGUAGAAUCUGCUGCCACUUGGCCCACUUCUUCCACAUCCAGCAAGCAGGAGUGAUUAAGUGUUGGGAUCAAAGUCCAGCCGAGUGCGGAACUUCAAGGAUUACUCCUGCCACCUUCGUCCAUGGGCUCUCCAGUGUCGUUCGUCCUGUCCAGGAUGGCGGCCUGUGGGGGCAGCUGCAAGAACAAGGUCACAGUCUCAAAGCCUGUAUGGGACUUCCUGAGCAAGGAAACACCAGGGAGGUUGGCCCGGCUUCGGGAUGAACACCGAAUAUCUAUCCUCAUCGACGGAGAGACAUCGGACAUCUAUGUUCUCCAGCUUGCUCCCCAGGGCCCUCACCCAGCCCCUCCCAAUAGCCUCUACCUCGCCAGAAAGGCUCUCAAGGGGCUUCUAAAGGAGGCAGAGAAGGAGCUGAAGAAGGCACAAAGGCAGGGGGAGCUGAUGGGCUGCUUGUCCUUGGGGGGUGGGGGUGAGCAUCCAGAGCUUCACCGCCCAGGGCCCCCUCCUCUUCGGGCUGCUCCACUGCUGCCCCCAGGGGCCCGAGCCUCCUUACCUCCUCCACCCCCUUUGCCCCCUCCUCCUCCACCCCGCCUUCGAGAGGAGGCUGAAGAGCAGGAGAGCACUUGCCCCAUUUGCUUGGGGGAAAUCCAGAACGCCAAGACACUGGAAAAGUGCCGACACUCAUUCUGUGAAGGCUGUAUUACCCGGGCACUUCAGGUGAAGAAGGCCUGCCCCAUGUGUGGUCGUUUCUAUGGGCAGCUGGUGGGCAACCAACCCCAGAAUGGGCGAAUGCUAGUCUCCAAGGAUGCCAGCCUCCUGCUGCCUAGCUAUGAGAAAUAUGGAACCAUUGUCAUCCAGUAUGUCUUCCCACCUGGCGUCCAAGGGGCCGAGCACCCAAACCCUGGAGUUCGGUAUCCUGGCACCACACGGGUGGCCUACCUCCCAGACUGCCCCGAGGGCAACAAGGUGCUGACUCUGUUCCGAAAGGCGUUUGACCAGCGUCUCACCUUCACCAUUGGCACUUCCAUGACCACGGGGAGACCAAAUGUCAUCACUUGGAACGACAUCCACCACAAGACCAGCUGCACUGGGGGACCCCAGCUGUGCGACACCCCUCCAAUCCCUUUCUCUCCUGACCCCCAUUGCCAUUGGGUGGCCCUCACCCCUUGCCCUGGGAGCCCUCUCAUACUGCCCUGAGGCCUCUCCCCAUCUAUGUUCAACUCAGGCCUCCAUUAGCUUCCAACAUUCUCCCUUCCUAAUCUCAGAUUCCUCCACCCACUUUACAAAACACUUUUUGUAACUACUCUGUGUGCCUCUGACACACACACACACACACACACACACACUCAGCCUGGUCCUGGGGUACACAUCUUGGUGCAUCCACAAAUUUAGUAGGAUUGGACCCAUCCUUCCCUGGCCAUUGGGAGGGGGAGGAGGCAGGGUCUGGUGUUUCUAGAGGGUCAGCAGGAAGGGGUGGGCAUGGGGACUGCAGGAACAGCAUAUUUAACCUUCCACCCUCUCUGUUUGCUUCUAGAUUUGGGUACCCGGAUCCCACCUACCUGACCAGGGUGCAAGAGGAACUGAGAGCCAAGGGCAUAACAGAUGAUUAAAGGAUAUUCCCUUCCUUUGCCCCCUCCCCCAAACCCUCUUCCUUAUGGAGGAUUCCUUCCCUCCUCCAGCCUGUCAACUGAUGUCUCUACUCAUGCCUCUCCAUCCUACCUCCAGGGUGUAGGAGACUUCUGGCUUGGAGGGAGCCUUGGAUGGGAGGGUGCAGCCUCCUAAUUCCUGUCCCCCACUUCCGCCAUGUACUUCAGUGUGAUGUGACCCCCGCCCCGCCCCCAACCCAGACCUCGCCAUCUGUUUGGGGUUCCCCUACAAGGGUUCUAUCCAUGCUGCUCCCUUCCCUCCUCCCGUCCCAUGUACAUACCCUGAGCCCGCUGCCCUAGGUACCCAGACCUCCCCGUCCCCUUCGGAUCUUUCUGAAAUACGCUCCUUGGGAGGCCUCCCCACUGGAAGGCUGCCCCCAGCAGCCACACACACAGAGUCGUCCUUGGCAGUGAACUCUGGCGGGGUGUGCCCGGCUAGCAGAGGGGAGGGAUGGGGCUGAUCCGAGGCGGUGCCAAAUGGAGCCCCUUCACACUCAUCUUGUCCCCUCUUCGUGUCUCUGUCUGUCUCUGUCCCGUGUCUGUCUUUCUUCUCCUUUCCUUUCCCUGUACUGUUUGGAACUGCCACCAGACUAGCUUUUGAUUUAAUAAAAAUAAAAUAUGCAACAGCA